UUCCUUAGACUUUGAAAAUGGCUACAACAACCCUGAUUGCUCUCUGCUUUCUGAUUGCCUUGGCCGUGGCAGCAAGUGUUUUAGUCGAGGACUCAGAUGAGAUCAACAAUUCUGCGAUGAGAGCAGAGGAAGCACUGGAGAGCCAAUCUUCCUUUGAUAGGGAGCAGGUGGAGAAGGAGCAGGAGAUGGAAAAGGUUGAGGAGACGGAGGAAGAUGAAGAGGAGGACAAAGAGGAGAGAGAAGACAAGAAGGACAACGAAGAGGAGGAGAAAACGGAAGAUGGGGAGAAAAAGGAGGACGAGGAGAAGGAGGAAGACGAGGAGAAGAAGGAGGAGGGGGAAGGCGAGAAAUCUUUUGAUUAG